AUCUUCCCCAGGAUGCACUUUGGCUCUGGGACCAACGAGUAAACACAUCGUGGCUCCUAUAUAAACAGGCCGGCCCUCCGGGGGCCUCUUACUCUGUCUCCUGAGGCGCGAUACAAUACGAGCGGCAGUAUGAAGAAGCUGCUGGUUGUCACCGUGCUGGUUGCCCUGCUCGCUCUCGGCGCCGAAAGCUUCCGCAUGCCGAGGCAGGCCGAGGAGGAGGAGGACGAGGGCGCCCUGUCCAAGAUCACGGGCACCUUCAUGUCCUACUAUGACAGCGCCGUCAACACGGCCAGCGGCUACCUGGACACCAUCAAGGGCCUGAAGCUGGAGGAGAAGGCAAAGAACAUCUACAGCGACACCAGCACAGUCGUGAGCACCUACGCGGGCAUUGCCCACGACCAGCUGUAUCACAUCUUUUACCAGAAGUAAACAAGAACCCACCUCCAGCCGCCUCGUCUGCCUUGUCGGACAUUGUGAGAACUUUCAAGCUCCACACGCUUCCCCCCCCCCCAAAGCCUUAGAACCCACAAAGGACGCUUUCUUGGGUGAAUGAAGAAAACCACCCGACAGGGACCGUGAUCUUGCUCAGAGGGACGCGUUGGUGGUUGAGAAGCUCAAUGCAACUCGUCCAGAACCAUCGGGUUUCUCCUCGGGGGCCUCAGACACAACCGGCCGUCCAAAUAAUACAAAUCAUUUAAUGCUCUAUCGCCCCCUACUGGUGUCGUGAGUCGUCCCUCAUCUGGAUAAAGUGAAAUAUUUUUGUGUCAUUUCAUGAAAUAAAAUAUUUAUGCCAGACA